GGCUGGCGCCUGUGGGGCAGUGUUGGGAGACCAAGUGCUCUUUCGCGCAAGCCACCGAGAGGCACUCAGGAUUCCCCCGGGGAGGGGCAUGACUGGGUUCGUCUGCGGCGGGCAGAAAGUGAUGACUGAGCUUUCGGGGGCCGGCUGGUGGUCGUAUUUGUUAAUGAGGAGAUUUGGCUGUUGGAGACAGUCGUUCUUGAGCCAGAGGGGUGGAAAUUGCCGAGAGCUUCUUCAGGCCCAGAUUUGAAAACUGGAUUAUUAAAAUGGAAACCAGACUAUGAUAGUGCAGCUACUGAAUAUUCAAAGGCAGAUCAAAGUUGGAAAAACCAAGGAAAAUACCUAAGAUGACCACCUACCACUGUGCUGCAUUUCUGAAUAAAUACAAGGUGAAAAUAGCUGUUGCUUUUAAAAAUGCCAAACAAUUUGAGCAGGCAAAAGAAGCCUAUUAUAGAGAAGCUUUAUCCCAUGAACACAAUAAAGCUCUCUUCCAUGCUGCGAAGGCUUAUGAACAAGCUGGUAUGAUGUUAAAGGAGAUGCAACAACAUCAUGAAGCAGUGGAACUGAUUCAGAAAGCCAGCAUGAUGUACUUGGAGAAUGGGACACCUGACACAGCAGCUAUUGCCCUAGAUCGAGCUGGGAAAGUAAUAGAAAAUAUAAAUCCAGACAAGGCUAUACAGCUCUAUCAGCAAACAGCAUCUGUGUUUGAAAAUGAAGAACGUUUACGACAAGCAGUCGAAAUGUAUGGAAAAGCUUCAAGGCUUUUAGUCAGAGGUCGCAGACUGGAUGAGGCUGCAGUAUCUCUUCAGAAGGAAAAGAGUCUUUAUAAAUAUAUUGAAAACUAUCCAACUUGCUACAAGAAAACUAUUGCUCAGGUUUUAGUCCAUCUUCACAGAAACGACUAUGUUGCUGCAGAAAAAUGUGUCAGGGAAAGUUGUAGCAUACCAGGCUUCAGUGAAAGUGAAGACUGUGCAGCGUUGGAGCAGCUCCUAGAAGGGUACGAUCAGCAAGACCAGGACCACGUAUCAGAUGUGUGCAAUUCACCGCUCUUUAAAUACAUGGACAAUGAUUAUGCCAAGCUUGGUCUCUCAUUGACUGUCCCAGGAGGAGGUAUAAAGAAGAAAUCCCCAGUGACGCCACAGGGAAAAGCAGGUGAACCAGGUGUAGGAGCUUCCCAUGGAAAUGAGGAAGAUGAUGAAUAUGCAGGUGGUCUGUGCUGACUCCAGUAAACUCUACUCUCAAAUGUCAAACUAUCUGUUUCUGGCCAUUGAGCAAUUCCAGAGGCACUUGAGUUGUCAUCACUUUAUUGCAAUCAUGAAAUUGGAAAGAUAAUGACUUGUCUGCUUUUGGGAUACUUGCACAGAAAGCAUGGUUGUCCAUCUUGAAGGGUUCUUGAGUUACAAUUUUACGUCUUUGAGUGCAUCUGCUUUAAUAAUUUUGAGUAUUAUAAUCUUCUCGAGGAGGGUAUAUGGAUGAUGGCAUUUAUUUUCAAAUAUUUCUCUCUGAGUAUCUAGUUUCAGAGCCUUCUGUUUCAUGCUGUGAUAUUCCUGGGCAAGGUUUGAGUUCAGGCAAAGGAUAUCCAUUUUCCUAUAUGAGACUAAUGCAUUGUGAAAUAUAUGCAUGCAUACAUACAUACAUGUCUGUAAUGUAUAUAGAAGCUUUAUGGGCCGGGACAGCACAAUCAAUUCUCUAGAAGCAUAAAUUAUCAUCGUCUUACUAGUUUUCUGUGUAGCAUCUCUAUAGAUAAACUGGGAAAAGUUUGGUUCUCCUUUGGAUAUCAAAUGCUUUAGUUGUGGAGUCUCCAGCACUUGUGGGAAAAUAGAAACCCACAAUUAUUUGUGUACAAAUGAUUUGCUUUUUGUAUACAGAGAAUGUCUAACAUCAUGUCUAACAAAUUGUCCAGGUGGAGGUAAUAUGCCACAGCAGAAUGAUCUUGAAAUGUGUUCUCUAACAUUCCUAGCAGUUCUGUGUUGAAUCAAUUCAUUCUCACAACAUCAGGAACAUAAUUCCCUGUUAAGUGCAUACCUCGCCAUAGGAUAAUGUUUACUUACAUGGGUAAGGCAGGUGCUGCUGAUUUUUUGCCCAAAAUAGACAGUGCAAGUCUAUCUUGUAUUGUGUGAGAAAAAGAAUAUGACUGUAAGACACAGUUCUUUUAAAUCCCACAUUCAGAAGUUUAUGGAGAUAUGUAACCCAAUGAGCAUGAGAGUUCUGAACUACAUCAAAGUUAAAAACUUUCUGUUUUCAUGGUGUAUGGAAAGUUCCAGGGAUAUUAAACUGAAUUUGUGUGCAAUGGAAAUAACAUUCUAUCGAAGGAUUGCAAUGACACUUUCAGAAUUGAAAUUUGUGAAGAUUAAUGUAACAUAAAAAGGGUAAUGUCUAUAUUUUUUGACCUACUGACCUUUAUUUUAGCUAGCAAAAAUGUAAUGGAAACCCUAUACCUUUAUUAAAUGUUAUACUGUAAUUGGCACUUUCUGGUAAUCUGUGUUUUAGUGUUUGUUUUCCAAAGCACUGUGCAUACUUCUGGCUAAGAUAGAAAAUGCAGCAAGGAGGAAUGUUUGGGGGAAUAACGCAAACUUUUCAGGAGCCAAAGCAACUGUUGGUUUAAAUGAAGAUGCUAAAAUGUAGUCCAAAACUUUGAAAGUAAUUAAGUAUAAAAUAUUGAAUAGUGCUCAUUUGUACAACGAGGUGUUGUGUAAACUCUGCUUUAUGCAAUGUGAAACCUGUGCUUUAAUUGUAAUUCUGUGGGAUGCAAUAAAGUAUGAAAAACCUUGUAAUUCCCUGCAGGAUCCAGUCUCUCUGAGAAGAGGCUCUGAUUCACCUGUAAAAAAAUAAAGCUUAAAAUGAUA